ACAUUACAAGAAAGGAAAUAAAACAUAUAGGAAAACCAAGAAAAAGGUACUUGGCAGUGGCAUUUCGUCUUAUCUUCUGUCCAUCCCUUGACAACUUAUUAAUAUGUAGUUAACAUAACUCAUUUUUAAGCUAGAAAAUCAAAUAAAGAUGAACAAUAUGGAUUCAGUUCCUACUUUGACUGUUCUUGAACAGUCUCAAGUUUCACCACCACCGGCCACUACUUGCCUCCAGUCGCUGCCGCUAUCUUUCUUCGACAUCCUAUGGCUAAUAUUCCGUGAUCCUGUACACACACUCUUCUUUUAUGACCUGCCAAUCACCAAAACUCAGUUCACACAAACUAUUGUUCCCAAUCUUAAACAAUCUCUAUCUAUCACCCUACAGCAUUUUUUCCCUUUUGUUGGUAAACUGACCAUAUUCCCUACAAGUACUAGAAAGCCCGAAAUUCGUUAUGUUGAAGGUGAUUCUGUCAAGGUCACCUUUACGGAGUGUAAUCUUGACUUCAAUGAUCUUACCGGGAACCAUCCUCGAAAAUGUGACAAGUUUUAUCAUCUUAUACCGCUUCUUGGCUGUGCUACUAAAUUUUCCGAUGGCGAUUGCAUUACAAUGCCGGUGUUUUCGGUUCAAGUUACACUUUUUCCCAACUAUGGUAUUUCUAUCGGAAUGACGAAUCACCACAGUCUUGGUGAUGCUAGCACCCGGUUUUGUUUCUUGAAGGCAUGGACUUCCAUUGCUCAAUUUGGAUCCGAUGACUGGUUUUUGGCUAAUGGAACUUUGCCGGUUUAUGAUAGAUUGGCGAAAUACGCAAAACUAGAUGAAAGUUAUCUAAAAUACGCGAAGGUUGAAACCUUCAACGAGGGGUCACGAAUGGAUCCACCGGUCGCUACCACCUACUUUGGCAACUGCGUCAUGCCGUGUAUGACUUUGGCAAGAACAAGUAUUUUGAACGAAAAGGAAGGGUUCUUGACAGCUGCUAAGUUGAUAGGAGAGAAUCUAUAUAAGAUGUUGACCAAUAAGGAUGGAGUGGUGAGUCAUUUAGGGCCGAUUGAGAACUGGCUUCUUGAUGAUGGGUUGCCAAUGAGGUUUAUGGGUGUUGCUGGAACACCAAAACUCAAAUUUUAUGACUUAGAUUUCGGGUUUGGGAAGCCCAUAAAACAUGAAGCGAUUUCGACCGAUUAUAGUGGAUCGAUAUCUAUUAAUGCAUGCAGAGAAUCCAACCAAGAUUUGGAGAUUGGUGUGUGUCUUUCGGCUACUGAUAUGGGAGUUUUUGUUCGCAACUUCAAUGCUGGUCUGGAAUCAUACAUUUAGAUUCAAUAUUCAUCAUUCAUCACAUCGUUUUUUGUUGCUUAUAUCUUGUUAUCAAGGUUUGGUUUCGCUUCCUCAUCAAUGCAUGUUUUUGUUGGUUUGUUUCGUUCAGAUCGAGGGUAAUUUGAUUAUGUCAUAUAUUUGAUGUAUUAUGAUUAGAUCAAAUAAGAAUUUACCUUAUGAAUAAAUCUAGUCAAUAAUUUGUUUCUAAA